AUGGCUGAUUAUUCGACAGAGGAAUCGCUCUUGGUUAUUCGAGGCUUCGGAAUCCAGACCUCGACAUCGUCCUCGACGUAUCUUUCCACUGCCUCAACGAGGUUCAUUCCUACCACGCAAAUCCAAGAUAUUGUGAUUCACGAAGCCUUCAAGGGUUUCGAAGUCCGCUUCUAUUUGGCGGUCAUUGUUGAAGGCGAGUCCGAUGCUCUGGUAGUCUUCCCGGUAUGUGAUAUCACCAGCGUUAUGUACUCAUAA